AGCUGUAAAAAAGAUAAAUGUUAAAAAUCACUCACAACAGUUCUCGUGUUUUUCAGUAAUACAAUAAUCAAAUGAAGAUGUAAACUAGUGAUUUAUUGCCGAAAUUAAAGUGUUUAACUAUUAGAUGAUAAUUUUUAAUGAAAUUAUAUUGAUAAUUCCACUGAUAUUUAGGUGGCAUUAAUUUGGAGUUGAAAAUGAAUUUAAUUGGAGAGUGGAGAUUGAUAAUGUGCGUCUUGUGGAAUGUUUUGGUGCAAGUGGCCCUGAUAGCGAGCCAAGUGAAUCCUCACAGUGCGGUGAGCACCGAGUCCAGUGAGGAGUACCUCAGGAAGGCGAUGAUAGAGCUCCAGUUGAUGAGAGAUGCUAUCGGCAAAGUGCCCAUUUAUUUGGGGGGUAAUGGAGCUCAUUUGUUAGCAGGCAAACGUUUACUCAAUACCAAUUCUAAUUCUUUGAGGAUACAGCAGCACCAGGGAUUACAAAGUAUCCAAGACCCUGGGGGUGGUAAUCUGCAAUAUUAUCAGGUACCGUCGAGGGGACAGGAUGCCUCAUCGCUGCUCACCAAGGGUCAACUUCAUUCAAUUUACAAGCAGGCAGCACAAGGGAACUCCAUAAGCAUGGAAAGCCUCAAGAAUGUUUUAGCUGGUGGACAGCUACCGCUGAGAAAUGCCAAUAAUCUAGAGGAAAAUGUUAAGCCGACGUAUGCGUACUACUUCUAUCCGAUGAAAUCCUUCAUGAAUGACGUUAGGAACCACAAUGGUGCAGGGGACCUCCAGAUGGAAUCAACAAAUCCAUUCCACGAGUCCCAGAAGCAAAUGGUGAUGAAUCCGCUUUUCAUGGCAAUAAGUGGUUUCGUGGGUAUGGCACUGGUAUUCAUGCUUGGUGUACUGAUUAUGCCACGUCUCUUCCCUGACUUCAAGUCACGUUUUGUUCACGAUGAAUUGCUGGAUCUCACCAAAACAGUGAGCGAUGCCAUCGAGGCAUACAACAAGACAACACCAGUAAGACCUAAGAAACACUACCCAGAAGCAAUCAUAGGAAUUAAAACUAGACCACAAGGUGCAUCCGCGAGAAAACGAUGCAAGAUACGUCCCAACAACUAGUUGAAAUAAAACAAUUCAGUGAGACUCUUCAACAUUUAUCUCUGCGAAUUUAUUUAUUUCGUUUAUUUAUUUGUAGUUUAAUAUUCAUUUCAUUUUGAAAAGAAAAAAAAAAACGUUUACUUUACAAAACUCUCCAGCAUUCAUGCACAACAAUGGGAAAUUAUAAUUGUUUCUUCGUUAUCUCUGAAAAUUUUUUUGCUUUUUAAUUUAUUUCAUUCAUAUUUGAAGGGUUCAGACUCGUUCACGCGACAGACAUCGAACUCAGGAUUUCAGGGGAUUAUAAAUGUAAUCGUUGUUGAUUUGUCCAUCACCAAUGGGAAAGGAACUGGCGAUCGAGGAUUGUUCAAACUAGAGGCGUGUGUUCAGAUCGUGAUCGUUCGAAAUUUUAUUCAAUAACAUCACCCCUCAGACUAUCCCAAAAAAAUAUUACAAAUCAAAAUAGUAUAAUGUAAAUAUAUUACUUGGCGAAAAUAUCAGCCCGAGAAAUAUUACGAGUCGUUGAAUAUCGAACGAUCUAGAUUCUGAAGUCCUGAUUAUAGACGGAAAUAUUAAAGUUCUUCAAUAUCAUUUUUUGCGGAAUUCAUUAAAUUUUUUUUUUGCUAAUUAUCAAUGCGAUUGACGUAAAAAAAUAAUAUA